UCACAUUGUCAUACUCCGUUAAGUGUCAAAAGCUAUUUAGCAGCGUUAACGUUUCGAAGUGACGCGCUAAAAAUUAUUAAAUAAUUAUUCGCGUGUGUUUUAAAUAAAGCAGUUGUGUACAAAACAAGUGUCAUCCUGCUUGGACGUUAACGGCGCGUAGUGUGAAAAGUUUGGCUUUAGCAAAUACAAAUCCAUAGAAAUUCAAAGCUUAGUUAACGAUAAAGUGCGAACAUGUCUGACUGGGAAGAUGAGCCUGCUCUGCCUGAGCGCAACAAUCAUAUUCACAAAUUACACGAUAAUGAGAAUUGGGAUAGUGAAGAGGUAACAUCGAAUCCAAAGAAUGUAUCGGAAUGGAGCGAUGAAGACAAACCGAGUGAGAAUCGUCAAGGUGCAGGAGAUGGCAAUAACUAUCGCGGGCGUUGCAAUAACGGUGAUGUUGGAACAGGAGGCGGAUAUCGUGGACGUCGAAAUGAUGGCCAAGGAGCGGGAGGAGGAGGCUAUCGUGGACGUCGAAAUGAUGGCGAAGGAGGAGGAGGAGGCUACCGUGGGCGUCGAGAAGAUGCCGUAUUAGGUGGAGGCUAUCAAAGACGUAUGGAUAACAACGAUGGAGGAGGAGCAGCAGGCUAUCGAGGAAACGGAUAUCGUGGACGUCGUAAUGAUAACGAGGAUGUGUGCGAUGAUCGUCGUGGCGGAGGCGGUGGCGGUGGCGGCGGCUUCCAAAGGGAGCGCGGUGGUGCCGAGCGUCGUCGACGCGACGAUGGCGAUAUGAAUAACAAUCACGACGAUGUUGGCGAGGAUGGGGAGAAGCAGAAGGCCCGAGAGUUCUAUAUACCACCCGAGCCGACCAACGAUGAGACUGAAGUCUUUAGCACCGGCAUCUCAUCGGGCAUUAACUUUGCCAAAUAUGAUAAUAUACCAGUUAAGGUGACUGGUGAAAAUGUGCCGCCGCCUAUUAAGAGCUUUGACCAAGCCCGUUUGCGUGGCAGUGUUCUGGACAAUGUCAUCAAAUCGGGCUAUGUGGUGCCGACGCCCAUUCAAAAGGUUUCGUUACCAUUAAUAGCCGAAGGACGCGAUUUGAUGGCUUGUGCUCAAACAGGUUCCGGUAAAACGGCUGCGUUUCUCUUGCCCAUCUUGAGUAACAUUUUGGAUGAGAGCCAUGAUCUGGAGAUUGGCAAGCCGCAGGCGGUGAUUGUGUCGCCAACACGUGAACUGGCUAUCCAGACCUUCAAUGAGGCUAGAAAGUUUUCAUUUAAAACCUAUCUAAAGAUUACCAUCGUCUAUGGCGGUACUUCAUUUAAGUACCAAAAUGAAGGUAUUACGAAGGGCUGCCAUGUACUGAUUGCGACGCCAGGUCGCCUUUUAGACUUUGUGGAUCGCACCUUUAUCACGUUUGAUGAUACGCGAUUUGUGGUGCUCGACGAAGCCGAUCGUAUGCUGGACAUGGGCUUCUCGGAUAGCAUGCGCAAAAUAAUGCACCAUCAGACAAUGCGUCCUGACCAUCAGACGCUAAUGUUCUCAGCUACCUUUCCGGAGGAGAUACAGCGUAUGGCUGGUGAAUUUUUACGAAAUUAUAUAUUUGUGACAAUUGGAGUCGUUGGUGGCGCCUGCUCCGAUGUGCAGCAGACCAUCUAUGAGGUUAACAAGUUCAACAAACGUUCCAAGUUGAUGGAAAUUUUACGCGAAGGCGCUGAUGGCACCAUUGUCUUUGUGGAGACAAAACGUGCGGCUGACUUUCUGGCUUCGUUUUUCUCGGAAACCGAAUUUCCAACCACUUCCAUACAUGGCGAUCGCUUGCAGAGUCAGCGCGAGCAGGCGUUGCGCGACUUCAAGAGUGGCAUUAUGAAGGUGCUAAUUGCUACAUCUGUAGCAUCACGUGGUCUUGACAUUAAAAAUGUAAAGCAUGUGAUUAACUAUGAUAUGCCCACAAAUAUUGAUGAUUAUGUGCAUCGCAUUGGACGCACUGGGCGUGUGGGCAAUAGUGGACGUGCCACAUCCUUCUUUGAUCCCGAACAGGAUCGUGCCAUUGCGGGCGAUUUGAUCAAAAUCUUGGAGGGCUCUGGACAAGAGGUGCCUGAUUUUCUUAAAGAAAUUGGCGGUGGCAGCAGUUAUUGCGGCUCCAAGUUUGGUGGCAUUGAUGUGCGCGGCGGUCUGAACGCAGUCAACUUGGAGGAAGAGCAGGAUUGGUAAUAAUUAGUAUACUGUUACUAUAUAAUACUUAUAUUUCGACUUUCGACUACAACAACUCCGGAGUAUACAUAAACAUCAAUUAUGAUAUCCUUAUAAUUCAUAUAAUAUAUGAAUAUUUC